AUGACGCUGGUAACAUGUUCUGUUCCUGUAAAUGGGGGCUCAGCAAGUGAGCCUGGCAUUUCCAGCUUCCGAGAGUUUGCUUUUUAUGACCUAAUUAACAUUUUUAAUGUACAUCUUAUGAGUCGAGAACUGGCUUUCACACGAAACCAGUUUGCCUUGGCUGGGCGAUGUGCACUCCUUGCUUCUGUUUAUGCUUGGCCUCAGUUACCUGAGAUUGCAGAUUUUGCGUUAAGGAGUUUGGAAGUACAAGGACAGCAGGGCGGGUCUGUAGAGUUGGCCCUCUGGAGCAGAACUGAACCGUCUCAUGGUGGUGCACACGAUCAGGUAGUUCCCGCUGAUGCGGGGGAGGAAGCCUUCGGCCUCAAAGUGAGACCAGGUCUGGAGGAAGAAGUAAUAUCUUUCAUUAGACCAGUAAUUCAGUUGGAAAAAGCAGAUGAGUGUGCAGAUUUUUUCAGUGAGAUUCAAGAUUUUGGUGCGAUAACAUACCAGCAUCCUGCUGCCACAUUUUCGCUUGCCUGUACCACUGGAGCCCAGACGUUCAUCGCCUUCGCCUCUUUAUUCUUCAUCCUAGUUUCAAUCACAACCUUUUGCCUGGAAACGCAUGAGGCUUUCAAUACUAUUAUAAACAAAACUGAGCAGGUCAUCAAUGGGACAGAAACUGUGCUACAGUACGAAAUUGAGACAGAUCCUGCCCUGACAUACGUGGAAGGAGUCUGUGUGGUAUGGUUUACAUUUGAAUUUUUAGUACGUGUUGUUUUUUCCCCCAAUAAACUUGAAUUCAUCAAAAACCUCUUGAAUAUCAUUGACUUUGUGGCCAUCCUGCCCUUUUACCUAGAAGUGGGCCUGAGCGGGCUCUCCUCUAAAGCUGCUAAGGACGUGCUUGGUUUCCUCAGGGUAGUAAGGUUUGUGAGGAUCCUGCGAAUCUUCAAGCUCACCCGGCACUUUGUGGGCCUCAGGGUGCUGGGCCACACUCUGCGAGCCAGCACCAAUGAAUUUUUGCUGCUGAUUAUAUUCCUGGCUCUCGGCGUUUUGAUAUUUGCCACCAUGAUCUACUACGCAGAGCGAGUGGGAGCCCAACCUAAUGACCCAUCAGCGAGUGAGCACACGCAGUUCAAAAAUAUCCCUAUCGGCUUCUGGUGGGCUGUAGUCACCAUGACCACCCUGGGAUAUGGGGAUAUGUAUCCACGGACCUGGUCAGGCAUGCUGGUGGGAGCCUUGUGUGCACUGGCAGGGGUGCUCACCAUAGCCAUGCCCGUGCCUGUGAUAGUUAACAAUUUUGGGAUGUACUACUCCCUGGCCAUGGCAAAGCAGAAACUGCCGAGGAAGCGGAAGAAGCACAUCCCUCCAGCUCCUCAAGCCAGCUCGCCCACCUUCUGCAAGACUGACUUGAACAUGGCCUGCAAUAGCACACAGGGUGACAUCUGCCUGGGCAAGGACAACCAGCUGAUGGAGCACAACAGAUCAUCAGUGUUAUCAGGUGAAGACAGUGCAGGAAGUGAGCAACCACUCUCACCUGGUGAAAGGCUCCCUCCCAUCAGACGCUCUAGUACAAGAGACAAAAACAGAAGAGGGGGAACAUGUUUCCUACUGACAACAGGUGAUUACACGUGUGCUACUGAUGGAGGGAUCAGGAAAGUGUUGUACAGAAUUUAUCAUGGAUUUUUGACUGCUGAAAAAGGGACAAUGGAAUUUAGCCAUACCAAGGACUGUACUGGAAAGAGACUGCUGCUGCUGAAUGGGCCCUGAUAAACGACUCAUGCCUUGAGGAGGUCACUGAGACUUUACAUGCGAAGUAGAGCUUGUUAAAGAAGAUUAAAGACUGCUCAUAAUUACUGCUGCCAGAGGAAGGGGUGACUAGUCACUGUUGAUGAGUCAGCUGUAAAUAAAAUGUGUGUGCAUGGAAUAUCAGUUUUUAUCUAUAUCAAAGAAAGCUGAAUGCAAGUCAUCAUUGCUAAGCCUCCAUGCAAAGACCCACACCCCUGUCUGUAUUCUUCCUGGUUCCUGCAGUAAGUUGUGCUGUGGAUCAUACAAAGAUACACACUUAAUAAUGAUAGUGAUGUAAACUACAUCUGUCUUGACUGCUGUCAUAAUAAUGGUAUAUUUUACAAAGAUCACAAAUAAGAACAGAGUAGGUUUGCGCAAGUCCUUGCUUUCUCAGUUUGCCAUGACCUAUAUUUGUAUGAAUUCUAGUGUACAUGCCAAGUCUUAAGUUUACUUUUCACUUUGAUAACAGAAAUGUGACUGCAGACAAACAUCACCAACUUUGUUCACAGCACAGAGUCUUCUUUCAUUGUUACCUCAAACUAUAAGUAUUAUGAG